AUGUCCAGCCGUCGCGGCAGCUCGACAGUGCUCUUGCCCUCGGGGCAGACGCUGACGACGUUCACCAAGCACAGUCAGGAUGAGGAAGGGCUCCCGCACGCUACCAAGAAGACGAUGGCGGACCAUCUCCGCAAGUAUGAGGCCCUGUUCAACCUCACCCCGCAGCGCAUGCGGAUGGUCGUGGAGGCGUUCAAGGAGUCGCUGGAGCUUGGUCUGAGCAAGCCCAAUCAGGUCGUGCCUAUGAUCCCGACAUACGUUUUUGGAUGGCCAUCCAGUAAAGAGAAGGGGAACUACCUCGCGGUAGACCUCGGUGGAACCAAUCUCCGCGUCUGUCUUGUGACCCUGGAGGGCGAGGGCAAGUUCCAGAUCACACAGGCCAAGUACCGUCUCACGGAAGAGCAGAAGCAGGACGAAGGCCAGAAGCUGUUCGACUUCUGCGGCGAGUGCCUGAAGGCGUUCGUCGACACUCACCGCGCAGAGGGUCACAUUGGCAAGGACGAGGUUCUCCCUCUCGGCUUCACGUUCUCGUACCCCUGCGCGCAGGAGCGUAUUGACCACGGUGUCCUCAUCCGGUGGACGAAGGGCUUCGGCGCGCCGAACACCGAAGGCCAUGACGUUGUCGCCAUGUUCCGCGAAUCACUUGCGAAAAUGUCUGUGCCCGCGGAAGUUGUCGCGCUGACAUGUGAUACUACGGGGACGCUCAUUGCGUCUCACUACGUGAACCCGAAGACACGCAUCGCGUGCAUCUUCGGGACGGGUUGCAAUGCCGCUUACAUGGAGCACGUACGUGACAUCCCCAAGAUCGCUCAGCUGGGCAUCGACCCCGACAUGGAGAUGGCUAUUAACUGUGAAUGGGGUGCCUUUGACUCCUUCGAGCACGAGAACCUCCCUCGCACCAAGUACGACCAGAUCAUCGACGAGACCUCAAACAAGCCCGGCGAGCAAGCCUUCGAGAAGCUCAUCUCCGGUCGCUACCUGGGCGAGAUCCUCCGUCUCAUCAUCUGCGAGCUCAUCGACGAGGGCGUUCUUUUCCUCGGUCAGAACACGUACAAGCUUGAAAUCCCCUAUUGUUUCGACACCGCCUUCCUCUCCCUCAUGGAGAUGGAUCCCACCGACGAGCUUCUUAUGAUCAUCGGCAUCUUCAACCACUUCUUCGCCGUCGAGACCACUCUGGCCGAACGCCAAUUCUUCCGCGCGCUAGCCAAGCUCGUUGCCCGUCGUGCCGCGCGUCUGUCCGCCUGCGGUAUCGCUGCGAUCGUCAGCAAGAUGGGCUAUUUGGAUGAGGGAUGCUCCGUUGGCGCCGACGGCUCCCUGUACAACAAAUACCCCAACUUCGCCGAGCGGAUACACGAGGGUCUCCAUGACAUCUUCGGCGAGAAGGGAAAGAACAUCGUCACCUACCACGCCGAGGAUGGCAGUGGCAUCGGUAGUGCGAUCGUCGCAGCAAUGACCAAAGAUCGGAAAACCGCGAACAUCUAUCCCAACCUAUAA